AUGACCCACAAACCCUCGAAACCAUCCAAGUGCCCGGUUUCCGUGAACUACCACUUCACGCGACGGUGCAACAAAGCCUGCGGCUUCUGUUUUCACACCGCAUCUUCCUCACACAUCGAGUCCCUCGCAAACAUGAAGCAGGCUCUCACCCUCCUCAAAGAUGCAGGCAUGCGGAAGAUCAACUUCGCCGGCGGCGAGCCGUUCCUCUACCCGGAGAAACUAGGCCAGAUAGCCGACUACCGCAAGGAGACCUUGCGCCUGGAAUCCAGCUCCAUCGUCACCAACGGGAGCAAAGUGACGGAGCGGUUCCUCGCCCGACACAGAUGCAACAUCGACAUCCUGGCCGUCUCGUGCGACUCGUUCAACGAGUUGGUCAACGUUGCCAUCGGCCGCGGCUCCGGCAACCAGGUCACCAAGCUCUACGAGGUCCGGAACCUCUGCCGGGCGUACGGGAUCAAGUUCAAAAUCAACACCGUGGUCUGCCAUCUCAACUUCGAUGAGGACAUGAACCGGUUCAUCGAGGAGCUGCAGCCGUUCCGCUGGAAGUGCUUCCAGGUUCUGCUCGUUCCGGGGGAGAAUGAUUCGGAACGAAGGCUUCGCGAUGCCCGCAGGUUCCUAAUCCGGGACGAGGAGUUUGUUCAUUUCUGUGAUGUUCGCCGCCGACAGAGGGCAUUUGUACCGGAGUCGAAUGCGCUUAUGGCGAAGUCAUAUUUGAUCCUGGAUGAGCAUUUGCACUUUUUGGAUCGAGAUGGUCGUGAGCCGUCACCUUCGAUACUGGAAGUUGGGGUUCAGAGGGCACUUGAGAGUGUCUAUUGGGAUGAGAAGAGCUUCAUUUCGAGAGGUGGGAUGUACGAUUGGUCGAGGGAUCAACAGUCAUGUUCGGGAACCCACAGGGAUUUAGACUGGUAG